UGGUGUCUUGUUGAUGGGACCGAUUCUACCUGGACGUCAGACCAAUGCGAUGCACGAGGAGGCAAAGAGAGCCCGGGUCGUUACAAAGGGGGAGUGGCCUAGAUAUGGAAUUUUCAAGGAGCCAUCAUGCCCGGACUUGCGGCGUUUGCCAAAGUUAGCUCGGGGCUUUCGGGGGCCUGGGGCCUGGGAACCGAGGGGAUACUUUUGGGGAAACGAGAUCAGGGGUUGACACGAUCGCCCCUGGACCUGGCCAGAACCAAGUUACUCCACCCCGAGUGGAUCCACAAUUUUGGGGCAUCCAUCGGGCUUGAUAGUGGCGGAAAGUUGGCGCUGUGGUGUGUGGAUACGAUUCCACUCGCCAGGACAUGCCUUGUUCUGCCUCUAAAUGAAGCUGUGCCUCCACGCGUCCGUCGCGUCGAGGCCGUCCAGUACCAACCGCCCGACAAGGGGGGUACCGCACAGUGCGCUGGGCGUUGGGGGUCUGAGAUCAUCUCCCAUGCCAGUCGGGCAGGUGGCCUGGACAGGACACACGGUCUCCGAGGACCAGUGGGUGGCGGCCAGUCUCUCAUCGUGGCAGGAUGGCGCCCACGACACAACCCAUCCCAGCCGUUCUGAGACUAGAACUUAAGUUGUAGUUCCCAGCCCAACCUGGAACCAUUCUGCAAAUGCCCAACCGAGGUUCUCUCUAUAUGCAUCAAUCCCUCUCGUUUUCUAGGUGGAAAGCCAGCUUCUCCUUCACGUGUCGGCUUCAUGGAGCAUACGAUCUAACCCCACGCUUACCUUGAAUUAUCCCCAUCCAGACAGGGCCAUUUUCGCCACAUAGGAUGCAGGUGAGUGCUCGAUCACCAAAUGGAGUUU